UCAGCCACUUGGUACAUUCUGCAGCCGAAGUCCCAGUCAGCUCUGCCGGAGCCAGACAGCCGGAGUUACGCUCGUGGCCGGUGGAGUCCCCGAGCUGGACCACUCCCUGGGAAGAUGAGAAGGCGCUUGGGAGCGGCGGGAGUAUUCACGGCCGAUCUGCUGUGAGAGAGAGAGAGAGCCCUUCUGGCCGGGAAGGCCGUAGAGACUAUCCAGGCGACCCAACGCGUAGUUGCCCAAGCGAUGUCAGGACCCGAACCCCAUCACGGUCACAGCCGGAGACUGCCUUCUGACAUUGAAAACGGACAGCGGGGGCUGGACCCUGAGCAGAAGCAACAACAGCAACUUAAACUUUGGGAAAGGCAGAGAUUCUUUGAAGAAGUUUUCCAGCAUGAUGUUGAUUUCUUCUUCCCAGUAUCACACCUGCAGAUAGAACAUAGGAGACCUCCCCUAGGUAGCAUUUCUUCCAUGGAGGUCAAUGUGGACAUGCUGGAACAGAUGGACAUGUUGGAUCUCUCUGACCAAGACACUGUUGAUGUAUUUCUUAGCUGUGGGACAGAGGACAACAACAAUGUAGCUACCCUAUUGCCAGAUUCUAACCCCUUCCAGGAAGAUAUUUCUCUGCAAGUGCCCAAUACAGUUGAAAUCAAAUCACGAAUUUCGUCCACAUCGUCUGCCUCUACAGACCUGAAUAGCCUGGACACCAGUGAAGAAGGUGCUGAGACUCCUGUGGUGCAGUCAGAUGAGGAAGAAUUGGAGCAAGAUGGGUCUGAAGAACUAGAGAGCAAGAGCUAGCUGCUAUACGGACCCUGCCAGCAUGAAAUUAUGAACAUGACUGGAUCGUUCCGAUUCCCACUGUGUAAAACCCACAGAAACUCCCUGUCCAAUUGUUGUACUUGGGGAAGAUUCAAGAUAAUCCUUCCUCCUGCAGGAUAGUCAAUGCAUGGAUAAGGCAACAGAAGAGGGAGAAUAGGGUGAGGCACGGGUGCCACAGAAUUAAAAUAGAAUUUAACUCUCCAUCUUUUUAUGCAUACAGUAAUGCUUCUGCUUCUCUCACACGAGGACUCAGUUUGCUACAAGGCUACAAAGAUUUAAAGCGAGACCUCUGUGCAAACUGAUAGGCUCCCUAAUCCUAACACAUAUACACACAAACAUGAAUGCAGCAUGUCUUUAAUUGUAACAUAAUAGAAAAUUACAUUCCUUUCAAACAAUCAGCUGGGAUGACGUGUGUUAUUGGGAAAGGAACAAUGAGGCUACCUGGAUAGGAAAGAUGGAAAAGGAAUGGCUGAAAGACGGUGCAACUAAAAUGAUUUGAAAGGUUCUUGGAAUGAAUCAGAUUUUUAUUAACUUCUUCAUUCAUCUGAUUUUUACAUCCUUAUGUUGCAAAUGAACAGCAGGUACCAUAAAGCCCAGGAAGAGCUCAGGAGGAGGACAAUGGGUCUUAAAGAAAAGCUACACAGUCAGGACAGUCCUUAGAAAAACUUUCUUUGAACCUCCAUAUUGAAUACCUCAGUAGCAAAGUAAACUUUAAUUGCUCUCUCAUAAGUUUUAAAGUAGUCCAAUUAUUUCUAUGAUGAAAACAUCUUCUCCAUUUCCCCCAAUCAUUCUUAUUUUGUUUGAUGGGAGAGAAAUGGCUUUCAGAACUUUUUCCAAGGCAGAAGAACAUUUUGUAGAUUUCUCAUGGCUGUGGUGCUGCAUCUUUAUAUUUACCUUAGUUGUAAAGUGCCUAAAAGGUACUUAUGUGUGCUCUACCUUUCAUUCCACAGUCAUGUCUCCCAGUCUCUGGCAUCUCAGUCUUCAGUUAUAUUGGUCAAAGUCAAAUCAGACAAAAGAUUGCCAAAGAAAACUCCUUCCAUGGAGCUUUCAGAUUAAGAAGAAGGAGUAGCCAAAGAGGCUGUGGAAUGAUGCAGAUACAGAUAAUAGGAGACAAAAAGAAUUACUGACUGCCUCUUUAUAAAAUUAAUUACACUGAUAGAAUAUUUGUAGUUUAAGAUUGAAUUGUGGUCCUUGGUGUUCUCUGAGCUUUGUGGUUUUCCAGCAGACAUUUCAAUACCAAACUAAGUAACAUCAUCAGUGUUAAAAUAUUUACACUAAAAAUGGUCUCAAAAAAAAUAUCCCUGGCUUGAGGCAGAUAGAAUGAGGCAGAACAACAGAAGACUCUUUCUCUGGGAGAAGGAAGCUUUGUGGAAAUUGGAGGACAUUUUGGCAUUUAAACUUUGCUUUCUUUUUGAUAUAUUAUAGAGAACCUGUCCCCUUCAUUUAAUAGAUAUAUAAUUUUUAUUAGCACUUUUCACAUUAUUAAAAGAUAAAUAUAAGAAUAAUACAAUGAGAGAUCAACAAAAAAGAAAAGAUAAAAGUGUGAAAGAUAGUACAGAUAAAAAAAAGAAAAUAUAUAUAAAGAAUCUCCUUUAGAGCAAUUACAAACUUAUUGUCUCUUUCCUCUUUAAAAUUAUCUUAUACAAUUCUCUUCCUGUAUUUUUUUUAUUUAUUUUUAUUCCACCUUUAUAUUAUUUUUAUAAAUAUUCAACACUUUUUAUUCAGCAAAUCCAAAAAUCAUUUUUUUUUCAUUUUCAGCAUAAAGUCCCUAUUCCAGUCUUAUACAUACAUACAUACAUACAUACGUACGUACGUACGUACAUACAUAUUAAAAAAACUUGUUUUAUCCCUUAUCAAAAAACUUAGUUUUGUCAUUACCACCAAUUCUGCCAUUUUCCCAAUCCAUUUCUCCAUUAUAGGUAUUUCAGUAUUUUUCCAAUUUGGGGAAUUUAAUUGUUUAGCUGCAGUUAUCAUAUAUCAAAUCUAUAAAUCUUUUCUAAUUGGUUAUCCAUAAGUGCUAGUUUUAUUUGAAUAUUAGGCUUUAAAAUUCUUUAUAUCAUUAUAUGUAUUUGUAUACUUUUUUUUGUUUUUGCUUUUUCACAAGUCUGCUAUGCAUGGCAAAAUGGCCCUUCAUGUUUUUCACAUUCCAGCAUGAGUUAGAGGUACCUUUAUACAGGAGCAUCUGUUCCUUAAAAUAUUGCUGAAUCACUGUUUUGUAGCUAAUGAGAAGAGUUGCUGGAAAUUUCAUUUUGGCAAAGCUGGAGGCCAAGAGGUUCCCUACCACUGAUGUGUAAUAGCCACCUGUGAAGGAUGCACGAGAUGAGUUUCAGAAAGUUCCUAGUAAAAUCUCACCACCAAUAUGAACCAGAGAGUUAGCUGCUGCAUCACUACACCUCUUUUCCAAAACCUUCCUACUUCCUUACUAUGGGAACAAUAAUACUGAAAAAUAUAUUGGUUGCAGUAUCGAAUUCUAUAGUUUUAAGAAAUUGGUACAGCAUCUCUUCUUUUUGUAUUAUGUUUUUUAAUGUAAUUGCUUUCAUCCAAUAUAGGUUUUAGAGGUGGCCCACCUCAGUGGGAAGUUUCGGGAAAAAGAUCCGAGAAGAUAUAUGUACAUAAAGUGCUUUGAAUAUUAAAUGCUAAAUAGUUUCACUAUCAUUUUUUAUUUUAUUUUAGUGAUUAGGGUCAACUCAGAAUUAUGGAUAUGUUUAGUAGAUAAGUUAGUAGUUUGGGAAAGGAUAAUGCUCUUCAUAAAACAUGCUGGAGAUCAUAACAAUAUGCUAGAUUAGGCUAAAGUGAAUAAUUUAUGGUUCACUAUUCAUGGGAACCAUGCCACUUUCUUAGCAAGUUAUGUGGAUCAGGCUACACUUCACCCCUUCAGCUGAAGGGAAUUCAGGCAGCAGGACAAAUCAGAACUUAUGACUCUACUGUCAAUGGAGACAGUUUGUAGGGGUUUCCUCCACUGUGCUGUAGGACUGAAGAUACAGAUAGUCUUCAACCAUAAUUGAGCCCAGAAUUAUGGUCAUAAAUCCUUGCAAUCAUUAAGCAGGACACCAUGUGACAAGACCAAAUUUUACAACAUUUUUGUGCAGGCGUUACAUGAACCCAGUGGUUGUUAAGUGAAUGCUGCAGUCAUUAAUAUGCCGCCCUGAGUCCCUUGGGAUUGGGCGGCAUAUAAAUUUUAGAAAUAAAUAAAUAUUUUUUUUAGAAAUAAAUAAAUUAAACAAAUCCAUUAUAUCCAAUGGAUGGUGUUUGCUAAAAACAAAGUAAAUGCCAGAAACCAGCAAAAACAUCAAAAAUUGCAGUCAUGUAACCACAGGAUGUGCAAACAGCCACAAAGGUGAGCCAGUUGCUAAGGAGACAAAAUGUGAUUUUGACUUGGGGGGGGCAGCUAUUGUAAGUUCAAAAUUGGGUGGUUAGUACUUUUGGGGGGAGGUUCCAUUGCAACUUUGAACAGUCACUUAAGCGAACAGUCAUAAGUCAAGGACUACCUGUGAUGUAAAAAUAAACCUUGCCUGAAAACGUUACAAGUUCAGUGACAUGUCAAACUUUUAAUAUCCUACAUGCUGAAACAUUUAAGAGUAAAUUAGUAGCAGAUUUAGUAGCAAAACCACUGUGAGAGAUGGAACUAUAGUAUUCAUCUGAAUGAGAACAUUUGCAGUUUGGGGCAUAUUGUUAAAUUCCCAUUUCCAUUAGCCCCAGCCAGCAUAGAGAAUGGACAGCCUUAGGAGUCUCUGUGGGGGAAGAAGUUUAAGAAAACAUCAAGGUGGGGGCUGCAUGACCAGAGCUCCGCUCCAUUUUUAUAUGUGCAAAAGAGGUGAGGCUUCAAAUCUUGUGGUUGUGGUUGCCAUCUCGACUACUUUUAUUCCCCUUGUGUAAAUGCCUCUGAACAAUAACAAUAGCCAUUGUAGUCUAUAAGGAUUUGGCAGUCCCACAGGACAGACUGAUUAUGGAAUGUUUCAAUAUUCCUGAUACUUAAUUCAUCUGUUUUUAUUUGUUGACAACCUCACUCUGUGAAAUUGCUGACUUUGUGGACAGAGUCCUGCCUGUAGCUCUUAGUCAAUUGGUUGGAUUAAUCCAUUAAAACAUGAUGACUGAUUGAAAAA